GUUUGAGUGUUAUGCUGUGCCGUCUAUACCGGCAAAACUUCUGUCCUGGAGCUUCCCUCGACUGGCCGAAGUUUGAAGUGACCGGAAGUGGUGAAAUUGAAAAGAGUCGAGCCGAGAGCCUAGAGCCAGCAGCAAGAAGCCGGUUAGAAGCUCCCUUGCUAUUUAUCAACACCACGUGCAAGCGGAAAAGUGGACCCGGAGGCCGGUGGGCUUUAAGGAUUGUUCAGCAGCCUGGUGCAGAAGCUGGCGGCAUCUAGUUUGAUACCGAAGCACUAUACUAUCAGUGUCGUCGCUGCCACCGUCGUCACCGUCGCCAUGGAUUGGGUGUUGUUGCACAAACGGUUCAAGUGGUUUACACCAGCAAUUUACACCCUCACACUAACUGCUCGACUUGGUACGGGGCCGCCACGCAACUGAGAAUCGAACAGCUGCAGCUGCCGCGAUAUAUGAACGGCCCGUGUGAAGUGAGGACAGGGAAAAGGUUAUGAAAUACAAACAAGAAACAAUGGUAGAAAUGCCGUCUUACCAUCACCGUGAAGCAUCGGUACGGCAUGUUGACAGCAAGAAGCAGAACGGUGAAGUGUUGGAGAAUUGGUGCGUAUUAUAUUUUUUUGUUCCUGCGCUACUCCAAAUCUCAUUCCCAUCAUGCUCUCUCCCCACGUUCUGCUCACUGAUGCCCAAGUGCUGGUUUGCGUGUGCGUUGCCCGGUGACAAUAAUCAUCACGAAGAUCGCGGUUUCACAGGGGAGCAGGCAAUGGCAGAUAAUAGUGAUAGAACCGUUGCGAGCGGCACUGGCGACGGUGGUGUCGACGACGAAUCCGAUGAGCAUGAAAAUUAUAAUGAUAAAUGCUGUGCAUCGUCUCCGAGUAACGAGUGAACCGGUGAAGAUUAGCUGUGCUCUACUGUAAUGUGAAAGUUUGUGUACGAUAACAAGAGCGUGUUAUCGCGCUGAAAUUCGCAACGCGAUUCGAAAUGAAAUCGCUAGCUGUGGUAUUUUUUAUCGAGUGAAGUGUGUGUAUUAGUGUGUGAGAUUGUGUUCGUUUAAAGCGGUAUAAAGUGUUAGAAAGGGAGAAAAAAAAACCAAGCACACCUACAAAUACUCACCAACUACAGCCAUGAACACAGUGGGAAGGUUUUGUUCUAGAAUUAAUUUGUGAAUGGGUGUUGCUAUUUUUUUUUAUCACCAGUCAGAGUGUGGUGCAAUAGAUAAAAAAAACAACAAACGCGACACAACGCAGCAUAAAACACGCGGGCAGCAGCAACAGCACCGAGCCAUCGGAUGACAUUGCAGAGGUAUACUGGAGCAGGAAGGAGCUCUUAUCAAGCACAUCAACGUUUUUCCAUUGGCAGUUUGUCGGGACUCGAAAUCGGAUCAUUCUGUGCAACGCCGCUACGCUUAGCAGACUUGGUAACUGGUUCUACCCUGAUUGGUUAUUGCAAGGCUGCACAAUCAUUUUAUCUGCUUGCAUAAAGCAAAGGCGUUUCGCAAGUAUCUCGCGCUUUUGAGGUUGCGACCGCUAGACUGCAUUCUGCUUGUUUCGCUCAUCGUGUCUUUGUCACACAUCGGAGCCCACCGGAGUGACGAACCCCCUCAUGACGGCAACGGUGAAUCCGGUGAUCAAAGUGCCGGUACUGGAAAAACCACUCAACUCCGUCCCGGUGGUCGAGAUUGGCAGCGCAGCGCACCUGCAGCUUGUCCCGUCAGCUCGCGCAAUCAACGGUGCAGCAUCAGCAGGAGACACGGCUGUCGUCAGCAGCCGCAGCUCCAGUGGCAAUCAUUUUUAGAUUCUUUCACUACCGAGAGCCACAGUGGUAGAGUGAGAGCAAACGCUGGCCACCUCUGCAGCUUCGCCACAGUGACAUUAUUAGGGUGCCACGAGAGGGAUAACGAUGAUACAGUAAUUCAAUCAAGCCGCUUGCUGUUUCGCUCCGUUUUUUUUCUUCUUCGCCACCGGGGACAGAGUGCAAUCGCGUGAAGGGAGCUGAACCUGUGCGACUGCUGUAGCUGUUGGUCCCAUAUAUUGCUGGUGCCGUUUGGUGUCUAGUAAAGACGAAGAAGGACAAAAGAAGGACAAAAAAACUGCCUAGUGUAGCAUUUUGAAGAGCCCGAUGGAGAGGGCUUGAUGCUUCUCUCAGCCAAUCACUGCAGGAGUAAUUCAAUAAAUAUACUGUACAAGAUACUCGAACGCAACGAACGAACGCGUGCGAUGCUGGAGCACCCUGAGGCUACCAUUUUCACCGUCCAGAUGUGCUAGACAGGACGGAGCGGGCUAAAGCAAAAGGCAUAGAGGAAACAGCACCAAUUGGCCUCAGUGCCCUUGCAAAGCACGCUCGAUACGGCUCGAUAGAACACGAGUGGGUGGAUAGAUACGAGCAGCUUCACCUACAAAUAGCAUUUAGUGCAAUCAUCUGUUAACCGACCAAAGAGGCCGCGAGAGCGAGCGAGAGAGUGAGAGCGGCGAGCAAAAAGAAAGAAAAGAAGAAGUCUGUGUACAUCUUUGCUGGAGUGCUGGUGCCACUAUUCCACCGUCCUGCCAUUCUCUAGCACUCACUAGACGCGGGGAAUGGGGGUCUGAUCCUCGGAGCAGCCCCCAGUUCCUGCCACGGUGCGUACGCGUCCGUGCCAGCUGCGUGUAUGGAUUCGGACACCGUCGCAACCGCCAGCAAGCAUCGCACCGACGUUGACGGGGCCGGCCGGACGGACGGCGUGCCGGUCGCCCUAACCGUGGCCACGACCAUCGCCAACCUGCUGCUAGCCAGCCCGAGUCCCGGCCUAGCCGCCACCUCCACGGCCACCGCCGUCACGACUGAAACUGCCGCCCAGCAGCCGUACCUCGUCUACGGCACGAACCUGAGCUCUCUAGCGUACCUGGAUGCGAAUACCACCGCGUCGCUCUACUCUCCGUUCCCGGUGGGCCCGUCCGCGUCGACGCCGACCCCCACCGGUCCGCCGGACGUGACCGUCUCCACGAUCGUGAUCAGCAUCAUCCUGCUGGCCGUGAUCGUCGGAACCGUGAUCGGCAAUGUGCUCGUGUGCGUGGCCGUCUGUCUGGUGCGGAAGCUGCGCCGGCCGUGCAACUAUCUGCUCGUGUCGCUGGCCAUCUCCGACCUGUGCGUGGCCCUGCUCGUCAUGCCGAUGGCGCUGCUGUACGAGGUGCUCGAGGAGUGGCGCUUCGGCGAGGUGUUCUGCGACAUCUGGGUCGCGUUCGAUGUGCUGUCCUGCACGGCCUCCAUCCUGAACCUGUGUGCCAUCUCGGUGGACCGAUACUGGGCCAUCACGAAACCGCUCGAGUACGGCGUGAAGCGUACGCCCCGGCGCAUGAUCGCCUGCAUCGUGCUGGUGUGGCUGGCGGCGGCAUGCAUCUCGCUACCGCCGCUGCUCAUCCUCGGGAACGAGCACGAGAUCAACGGGCAGCCCGCCUGCUCGGUGUGCCAGAACUUCUUCUACCAGAUCUACGCCACGCUCGGCUCGUUCUACAUCCCGCUCGCCGUCAUGCUGUUCGUGUACUUUCAAAUCUUUCGCGCCGCCCGGCGAAUCGUGAUGGAAGAGAAGCGCGCGCAGAAGCGACUCGAAAGUGCGAUCAACGGUGCAACGCAGGCCGUGGCGCUGGAAAAGAAGCCACCCGGCAUGGUCGGCGAAAAGGUCGGACCGCCGGGAAAAGUGACCACCAGCUCGCCCCAGAACAAGCGGCUCCGGUUUCAGCUGGCCAAGGAGCGGAAGGCAUCGACCACGCUCGGGAUCAUCAUGUCCGCGUUCACGAUCUGCUGGCUGCCGUUCUUCAUACUAGCGCUGGUGCGCCCGUUCAUGAAGGACGACCAUCGGACGCUGUCGUCGUUCUUUCUGUGGCUCGGAUAUGCCAACUCGCUGCUCAAUCCCAUCAUCUACGCCACGCUGAACCGCGACUUCCGGAAGCCGUUCCAGGAGAUCCUGUACUUCCGCUGCUCGAGCCUGAACAACAUGAUGCGGGAGGACUUCUACCACAGCCAGUACGGUGAUCCGGGCUCGCAGCGGCUAGUGAUCACGAACGAUGGCGGUGCACGCGAGAGCUUUCUGUGAAGGCUGGUGGCGCAGUACGCGCGUGUGCAAGUUGCAUGAUUGGCGCACGAUCGGGUGCGUCCGGUCGAGGUGCAAUGGUGAAGCAAAAGCGAACAAAAACAAAAACAACAAAACCAAAUACACUUUAAUGCAGGCAACAAUCACGAAACCUAGGGCAGGUGAACGUCUAGUUUAAUUUAGUCUUCCUAUUUGUACAUACAAACAUCGAACCGCUAGGAGUUAGUUCAUCAGGUCAUGCUUUCUCAUUCAUGUUUCCCUCGCCAUUGCUACGUCUCUGUCGAGUGGGCUAGCAUAACGAAAUAACAAACAGCAUCCAGUUAUCCAGAUUCACUUCCCAAUUCCCAAGGUCCCUCUGCCCAGUGCAGUUCCGAAACGUACACACAAUGAAAACACCCAAAACCAAAACGAAUCACUACCCCGUUACAUCCCAUGCUAGGCGAGCAGGAGAAUGUAAAGAUGUUACGAGACUGUUAGCUCGGGAAGAGAUUUGUCUGUUUCUGUGUUUUGUAUUGUAUGUGCAAGGAGUACGCAGCCCGUCACUACUAGAGCAAUGCAACGCCCAUAACAUUUAGCAAACACAGCAACACCGAUGUAUAUGUUUUGUGAUAUAAGAGAAUAUGGCUAGCAAGCAACCGUUUCGGUAUAUGUGUUCCUUUCUGGGUGUGUGGUGCAUGUAUUGAAGAAGCAGCGACAAGCAUGGCCCAAGGUCAUACAGGCUUCAGAGAAGACGCACACCUUUUCAAAACGCCUCCACAACCGAUGUGUAGGACAGUAUGGCACGAAAACACGCAACCAGAGCAAACAGAGCUACAACUGCCCAACAAUCCGGAGGCAAUUUAUUCGUAUCGAUGUUUUGAGAAUUUGAUCGCUAGGAUCACGGUUCGAUCAAUGUGUGUGUGUGUAUCUGAAUGUACGUGUAUCUAUGAUCUGGUGCGUGUACUAUGUGUGGCAAGUCGAACGGGUAGCAACCUAUGAAUGUUAGACUAGUUUCAGUGUUCUAUGUUUGACCGGCAGGUAUCGCACACAGCAGGAAAUGUGACAAAAGCUCAUUAAAUUGCAAAACCAGUAUUAGCAAAAUCAUACACACCUGGAGGUUUGAAAU